UGUUCCAGUUUGCACACCCGCCACCAGACCACGAGAGCUGUGCCAGCCAUCGAAGACGCCGGCAUUCCCAGUCUAGUCUUUUCAUCUCUCAUUGCAAACCCUGCUAUGACUACAGAGGUGAAACAGCUGGAUGAGCAUCCUCUAGUGAGUCCAAAGACAGAGCCCCAGCCUGAGAAGAAGCCGGAGCAAGUUCCAAGGAGCCACGGGGAUGUUGGGUUCCAGAAAGAGCCUGUGGUCCCAGGCAUUGUGGACUUCGAGCUGAUCCACGAGGACCUGAAGACCACAAAGCCCCCAACACUGCAACCAGCACCCGGUGCCUACCGCUUCGGACGCCUCAGCCAUCAUUCCUUCUUCUCGAGGCACCACCCGCAAGCACAGCGAGUGACUCAUAUCCAAGAUAUCGCCGGCAAGCCCAUCUGCACGGUCAGGGACGAGUUCUCUCUGUCGGCCUUGACUCAGCCCUCAUUCUUAUCCCCCUGUGUGAUGGGGAUGCCUACCGUCUCUGUUCCCAUUGGGGAUCCACAGUCCAAUCGGAAGCCCCGGCUUUCUACUUCCGCCACCUGGAGGAAGAAUUUAAAGGACCUGGCUUCCCGAGUGACUUUCUUCACUAAGGAAAUCGCGUCAACAACCAAUGAGCAGAAGGACGAGCCUCCUAUGAAGGAUCCUUCUCCGAGAGAGCAGGGGGCCAAGUACUCAGCUGAGACUGGUAGGCUUAUCCCUGCUUACAGCCAUGCCCUCACCCGCCGAAAUCGCCAGGCCCAGCGGGGCCACACUUCUGGCAAAGGUGGAGGAAUCCAAGCCUCCAUUCUGCAGGACCAGGAGCUGCUGAUCCUGGAGCUUCUUUGUCAGAUUCUACAAACAGAUUCUCUAAGGGCUAUCCAGUUCUGGCUGCUCUACGCUCCGCCAAAAGAAAAAGAUUUGGCUUUGGGGCUUCUACAGACCGCCUUGGCUCAGCUCAUCCCCCAGCCUCUCCCCUCCAUCCCAGCAGAGAAGCUGUGGCACCAACUUCAAGAGCUUCAAGACCCUCCUCAAGAGAUACAACAGGCAACCUACAGUCCAUCCCUGAAGAAGACGAAAACACCACCUGUAUCCAAGACAGACAAACCAGAGUACAUGGGCAAAGCUCAAGUCCUCCUAGUACAUCCGAUGGAGAACCCAGAGGAGAAAAUGACCAAGCCCAAGGCCUAA